AAUCAUCACACAGUAACUUGUGAUAGAAUCUCUCCACUAAUAAGAGAACAACAGUAAGAACAAAAGUCAGUAACCGGAUACACUGCAAGACAAACAGCAAACUUUCAAUGCAAAGGGUUGAAAGUUGAAACAGAAAGGGGUCCCCUUUCAUUAUAAUUAAUUAGAAUAGUUAAUACCAACAAAGGCAAUUCUAUAUCAUUCCACUUGCUAUGCCCUUCCCUCCUAUAAAUUAUACGUCCAUCAGUCUUCUUCCUCACUUUUCUUGCUUGUCUGUAGUUAGCUCUGUUAAUUUCUGCUUCUGGUAAUCCAUGGCAAGCUACAGCUCUUCUUCUGACCAGAAAUCAGACACAUUGGAGGCUGGAAAUGUCGAGGAUUGCAAAGUUCAUGUGUUUAAAUCAUCAUCCGAGUUGCUUGAAAAGCUGCAUGAGAAGUGGAGCAAGGUUGAAAAACAACCAUACCCAGCCAUGUAUUCCAGCACUUAUGGUGGAAUUAUUCUUGAUCCAGCUUUGAUGGUAAUUCCAAUAGAUGAUCACAUGGUUCAUCGAGGCCAUGGUGUGUUUGACACAGCGAUUAUCUUAAAUGGAUUCAUCUAUGAACUGGACGUCCACCUAAACCGCUUCCUCAGAUCAGCUUCAAAAGCAAAGAUUUCCUCACCCUUCCCUCGAUCAACUCUUCGAAGCAUUCUUGUGCAACUGGCUGCAGCAUCACAGAUCAAGAAAGGAACUCUAAGAUAUUGGUUGAGUGCAGGUCCUGGAAACUUCUUGCUCACGCCUGCAGAGUCCUCAACACCAGCGUUCUAUGCAGUAGUCAUCGAUGAGAACUUUUCUCAGUGCAAAGAAGGAGUUAAAGUGAUUACAUCCACUAUUCCCAUGAAGACACCAGACUUUGCAACAAUGAAGAAUGUAAACUACCUUCCAAAUGUCCUUUCAAAGUUGGAAGCUGAAGAGAAGGGAGCCUUUGCUUCCAUAUGGGUUGAUGAGGAAGGUUAUAUAGCAGAAGGUCCAAAUGUGAAUGUUGCUUUUAUAACUCAUGACAAGGAGCUGGUAGUACCCUUCUUUGAUAAGAUCCUUAGCGGGUGUACUGUGCUAAGGCUUCUUGAACUAGCACCAAAACUUGUUGAGCAGGGGCGGCUAAAAGGGGUGAAAACUACAAAUCUUACUGUGGAAGAAGCCAAAAGCUCAGCUGAAAUGAUGUUUGUAGGAAGCACACUUCCUGUUUUGCCAAUUAUCGAGUGGGACGAACAACCCAUCGGGGAUGGAAAGGUGGGAGAACUGACAAUGGCACUCUCAGAUCUGGUUUGGGAGGAUAUGGUAGCAGGCCCGACUGGUACGCAGAGGAUAGCUGUUCCCUACAUAUAGGGGUAAUCAAUUUCAGGAAGGCUGAAGGAAGGCUUCUUGCAUCUAGCUGCCUCAUUGCUCAUUGUCCCUGGUGUUACAAAUGCCUUGUGCAUGCUUCAUCUUUGAUUUCUUUGAUUGUGAAGAUGGAAAAAAAUGAUGGAAUAAAAUACUUGAGAAAGCUUUCUUGGAAGGGAAAUCUUUUAGCAGAAGUGCAUUCUGCAAAAUAUUGAAAACUACAAGAUAGCUUUUUCUUGGAAUGGAAAUCUUUUACCCCUGAGGAACAAUGUAUUCUAACUAUGAACUGCAUUAAUUUGCUCUAGUUCACAGGGAUAGCUUCAAUUCAUGCGUCAUUCGCGUGAGAUGGUUUGGAUUUACUUAAUCUCUUCCCAAUCUGUAUCAGUGUAUGCAUCAUUUGUUUCCUUCA